AUGGAGCUGGGAAAGGCGAAACUGCUGAGAACUGGCCUUAACGCUUUGUAUCAGGCCAUCCACCCCGUGCACGGAAUUGCCUGGACGGAUGGGAAGCAAGUGGUGCUGACUGCUCUCUACUACCACCACGGAGAACUAAAGUUUGGAGACUCGAGUGUCGUUGGGCAAUUUGAACAUGUGCAUGGGCUUUACUGGGGCCCGUGCUGCUCUCCAGACAUCCCAGCGUUGCUGGCUGUCCAGCACAAGAAGCACGUUAGCAUUUGGCAGCUGGGCUACAGCACUGCGGAGAAGAACAAACCCCUGAUUUCCCAGACCUGCGAGGUCGGGGAGCCAUUCCCGCUGCUUUCCCAGGGCUGCGUGUGGCAUCCAAAGAAGGAGGUGCUGGCGGUGCUCACGAAAAGAGAUGCUUCAGUCCUGCACACUGUUCGUUCUGACAACACCAGGGUUAAAGCAGAUAUCAAGAGCAGUGGGCUUAUCCACUGUGCCUGCUGGACUAAGGAUGGCAACCGUUUAGUAGUUGCUAUAGGCAGUGCCCUCCAUUCCUAUAUAUGGGAUGAUGCACAGAAAGCUCUAAAUGCCUGCUCCUUCUGCCCAGUAUUUGAUGUGGGAGGUUACAUCUGUGCUAUAGAAGCCACGCUGGAUUUCCAAAUUGCUGUAGCUACUGAGCUGCCUUUAGAUAAGCUCUGUGGUUUGAAUGCAGGCAUUGCCUUUGACGUGCCAUCGGGUGCUGAAACCGGUUCUUUACUCUCACAGUCUGCUCUGGUGCUUGGUGACGAGGAAUUCUCCAUGGACCUGCGAAGGAAGUCUACGGAUUCAGACAGAUCACUCACCGUGGAUUCGGUAGCAUCUUCUUCGUCGGGUCCUGUGGAUUUGACCAAUAUGCUUGCAAACCAUCGGAAGUCUGACCCCGGGUCUCUGAUUACUCUGAAACGCAAGGACUACACAGCGACAAAUGGUCAGGAUUCCUCCUACCUGAUCUUGGUGACUUUUGAGAGGAAGGUCACCACCACCAGGAAAGUCACUAUCCCAGGCAUUGUGGUUCCUGAUAUAAUGGCUUUUGAUCUUCGAGCUCAGAUUGUUGCUGUAGCCUCUAACACUUCCAAUAUUGUUCUGGUGUACUCAGUAACCUCUUCUUGCAUGCCUCAUAUUCAACAAAUCCAGCUGGACAAAAAUGAAAGGCCAAAGGGCUUAUGCUUUUUGACUGAUAAACUCCUCCUGGUUCUGAUUGGAAAACAAAAGUUCCCCGAGCCUUGUCUCAUUCCAUCCUCGAGUUCAGACCGGUACGUAAUGCGCCUAGUGAUCAAAGAACUGAUGUUUGAAGAAGAUUCUUCAGCAUUGCCUGCGACUAACCAGAAUAUGUUUUAUAACUACGAAUCCUCUGUGAAUAUCCCUGGAAAAAGAAAGUUCUUUGAAAAUCUGGCCACAGAAGACCCAGCUCAAAGCAGGGAGCUGCUCAUGCCACGAAGCACAGUUAUUCAGUCUCCCAGUGGCAGGAGAAGACUCAUAGAAGUAAAGAGCCCUAGUUAUGAGCAGAGCUCCUCAUCAAGCGUGAGUGACCAGGAUGAAAAAAGGCUCCCAGGUGACCCCUCGCUCGCCUUGGAACCCUUGGAUGCUGAACCUAUGAAUCGCUCCGUGGCUCUUCUUGGCUUCAGGACACCUACCCGGCUUUCCAACAGACCAACUUCUCCUAAAGUGCAGUUCAGCGUGAUCCAAGAAGCACCAAGUUCUUCUAAAAAUAACAAUUUGCCAAGUGAAAGAGGAAUGAGUCACAUAUCUAAGAAUCUAGAGAGACUUUGUGGGAGCUUCAGUGAAUUACAGCUGAGUCUUUCUGAACUAACAGAUUUCACUAAAAACGGGAGGAGGAUGUCUCCAGCCUAUCCAUGCUCAGAGGAACCGCCUGUUGUUCACAUCACUCACCAGAAAUGUUUUUCAAAUGGAGCAGUCGCUGAAGAAACAAAAGCUGUUCUCCUCUGUGAUGGCAAGAUCCACCUGAGUUUAGUCCAGAAGCUUUUUGAUCUGCCCAUUAUCGAAAUGAAACACGGCUCCUCGUGGAUUGUGCUCACGGCAGACAGCGACGGCUUUGUGCCCUUAAUUUUCAAAGCGACACAGGAGAUCCUCAUACGGGAUGGAAGUGACAGUGCACAAGUCUGCGGAGGUCACUCCUACCAAAAGAGCAGCUCCAUGCGGCCACCCAGUCGAGUGACAUAA